GUUGUGCCUGGCCGCAGCCACUGGUGGCCCGAGUCGCGCGCCGCUCGUCAUCCCAGGCCCCUCGACAGAUCAAUCGCAGUCAGCAGGUCUCCGCCGAGAGUAGGCCACGCACGCCGCGCCCAACCCGUGUCGCAGUUGUGGCCACCCGAGGCCCUCACCGCCAGGCCCACUAGUCGCAGCCCGAGUGCCCUGGUGCCCGCAGUGCCCCCCAGUCCCAGUGGCACGUCCCCUGCCGCAACGCUCCUCACGCCCCCGCACCUACUGUUAAUGCAUAGCGGACCCACGGGCCCUCCGCAACGCUCCCCUGUGGCUGCCUCGCCGCCCCUGCGGGUCUUCGCUGCUCCCUCCGCGCCCUCGUCCUCCCCUCGUGCUCACUCGCAGCCUCUAGUGACGUCACAGUGCAGCGUUACAUGUGACUCCCAGUGCUGUAACAAACCCUGAAGGAACACAGUGAUAAACAUAAUUGGUGACGCCGAUAAGCAGAGUGUCGCCGACCCGAAGGACCGCACGUGCGCCUCCAGACUGGCGACGACCGGAGCCGUGAGCGACCGGUUGUUGUAGUGAGGGGCACGAGGAAUGUUCGGCCUAGGCGAGGGCCUGCCACAGCCGCGGGGCCCCGUCACCACGCUCAAGGAGGAGCCCUUGUCGUCUACGAGGUCCUGGAUGCAGCCAACCAUGGUGGAGAACACCCACUCGAGCGUGGGCCUCGGACGCGCGCACUUCGAGAAGCAGCCUCCGAGUAAUCUCAGAAAGUCGAAUUUCUUUCACUUCGUCAUCGCUCUGUACGACCGCGCGGGGCAGCCCAUCGAGAUCGAGAGGACGGCCUUCCUUGGCUUCAUCGAGAAGGACCAGGAACCCGAAGGACAGAAGACGAGCAAUGGCAUCCACUACAGAUUACAACUCCUCUUCGCAAACGGAAUAAGGCAGCAACAAGAUAUUUAUAUGAGACUUAUAGAUUCAGUCACCAAACAGGCUAUCGUAUACGAAGGACAAGACAAGAACCCAGAGAUGUGCCGAGUCCUUCUCACGCAUGAGGUCAUGUGUAGCCGGUGCUGCGACAAGAAGAGCUGUGGAAACCGCAACGAGACGCCUUCAGACCCCGUCAUCAUCGACAGGUUCUUCCUCAAAUUCUUCUUGAAGUGUAACCAGAACUGUCUCAAGAAUGCAGGGAACCCCAGAGACAUGAGGCGCUUCCAAGUGAGUAUUAUCUCUGCUAUCUCUGUAGACGUCGCAGGCCCUCUGUUGGCGGUUUCAGACAACAUGUUCGUUCACAACAACUCGAAGCACGGACGGCGGGCCAAGCGACUCGACCCGACUGAGGGCAUAUAUAUGUGUCUGUACCCUCCGCUCCCGGCCACGCCCUGCAUCAAGGCCAUCUCCCCCUCGGAGGGCUGGACCACCGGGGGCGCCACCGUCAUCAUCAUCGGCGAUAACUUCUUCGACGGUCUGCAAGUCGUCUUCGGGACCAUGCUCGUCUGGAGCGAGCUGGUGACGUCACACGCCAUCCGGGUCCAGACGCCGCCUCGCCACAUCCCCGGCGUGGUCGAAGUGACGCUCUCCUACAAGUCGAAACAGUUCUGCAAGGGCGCUCCCGGCAGAUUCGUCUAUGUCUCCCUGACGGAGCCCACCAUCGACUACGGUUUCCAGCGGCUGCAGAAGCUGAUCCCGCGGCACCCCGGCGACCCCGAGAAGCUCCCGAAGGAGAUCAUCCUGAAGCGCGCGGCGGACCUGGCGGAGGCGCUGUACUCGAUGCCCAGGAACAACCAGCUCGCUCUGCCUGCGCCGCGCUCGCCCGCCAUGAACCAGACCUCCGCCAUGACCGGCUUCAACACCUACACCGGCCAGCUCGCCGUCAGCGUCCAGGACACGGCCAACACGCAGUGGGGCGAAGACGACUACACCCGCGCUCAGGGCCCCGGAGUAAGCAUAUCCUCGCCUCGGGGGGGCUUCGGGUCCAACGCCUCCACUCCUCACUCCUCCUCCACCGGCUCCUCCUCCUCCACGUACGGCGCCUCCCUCAACGCCGCCGGAUACUCGUCGCCCUCGAACCUCGCCAACAUGACCACGUCGCCCAGCCUCUUCAACAGCACCACAACAGCGGGCGGCUAUGGCGGCCACCACGGGUCCUGGGGCACCUCCUCCUCCUGCGCCUCCUCCUCCGCCGCCCUCCUCUCCCAGUUCACGGCGGGGAUGGGCGUGGCCGGAAAUAAUAAGCAGCGUAGUGCCUUCGCUCCAGUCAUCCCCGGCCUCCCCGCCACGCCGCCCCUCACGCCCAUCGCGCCCAUGGGCGGCUCCUCUGUGGCGUCCUCCAUGAACCCCAACGGCGCCGCAGUGGCCGUGGCGCCCUGGCAGCAGCUCUUGUCUUAGUGAAUGGGCGGCUUCAUGUCGUCCGCCUUCACCUCGAUGGGCCACUUCCUGCCCCCGUGCGGCUCGCAGCCCUACGGGCCGGCGCUCGUGCACUCCGCCGCCACCAAGUGAUAGUGGGCGUACGAGUCGUCACGACCCAGCGC